UGUUGUUGCUGUUGUCUUACAAGACGUGUAGAUUCUUACACGUCGUUCACACUUGGACUAAACGACGGAGAAGACCGUCAUCAGUGACUCCAUUAAGGAUCCAACUGUUUGCCAGUUUUUCCUCUGCUAUCCUGAGUCAACAUGGGGAACUGCUUAACUGUGGGGCCGAACGAAGCUCUGGUGGUCUCCGGUGCUUGUUGUGGCUCCGAUAUGAAGACCUAUGUGGUGGGAGGCUGGGCCUGGGCUUGGUGGCUCGUCUCGGACACCCAAAGGAUAACCCUGGAGAUCAUGACUCUGCAGCCCCGAUGUGAGGACGUGGAGACAGCAGAGGGGGUCGCCAUCACUGUUACGGGUGUGGCUCAGGUCAAAGUCAUGACGGAGCAGGACUUGCUUGCAGUAGCUUGUGAGCAGUUUCUGGGUAAAUCAGUCAUGGAAAUCAAAUCUGUGGUUCUGCAGACUUUGGAGGGACACCUGCGCUCCAUUCUGGGCACCCUGACUGUAGAGCAGAUCUAUCAGGACAGGGACCAGUUUGCCAAACUGGUGAGGGAGGUGGCAGCUCCUGACGUGGGCAGGAUGGGCAUCGAGAUCCUCAGCUUUACCAUUAAGGAUGUGUAUGAUAAACUGGAUUAUCUGAGCUCCCUCGGGAAGACCCAGACUGCCGCUGUCCAGAGGGACGCAGACAUCGGAGUGGCUGAGGCAGAGAGGGAUGCUGGGAUACGGGAAGCAGAAUGUAAGAAAGAGAUGAUGGACGUCAAAUUCCUGGCUGACACCAAGAUGGCCGACUCCAAACGAGAACUGGAGCUGCAGAAAGCCUCCUUCAACCAGGAAGUCAACACGAAGAAAGCAGAGGCCCAGCUGGCAUACGAGCUGCAGGCAGCCAAGGAGCAGCAGAAGAUCCGCCUGGAGGAGAUCGAGAUCCAAGUGGUGCAGAGGAAGAAGCAGAUCACCAUCGAGGAGAAGGAGAUCGACCGGACAGACAAGGAGCUCAUCGCCAUCGUGAAGAGGCCCGCUGAGGCCGAGGCCUACAAGAUGCAGCAGCUGGCUGAGGGGCAGAAGAUGAAGACAGUGCUGAUAGCCCAGGCUGAGGCAGAGAAGAUCAAGAAGAUCGGGGAGGCGGAGGCUUGCUCCAUCGCGGCCGUGGGGAAGGCGGAGGCCGAGAAGAUGAGGCUGAAGGCCGAAGCCUACCAGCAGUACGGAGAGGCAGCUAAGACUGCCCUGGUCCUCGAGGCCCUGCCCAAGAUCGCCUCUAAGGUGGCAGCUCCGUUAGCCAAGACCAACGAGAUUGUUAUCCUGAGCGGGGAGGGCAGCCGCGUGACGGGCGAGGUCAACCGCCUUCUAGCCGAACUUCCUGUGUCCAUCAACGCUCUCACCGGAGUGGAUUUGUCAAAGAUGCCGUUGUUGCAGAAGAUGUCCAGCUCUCAAGCCUGAACGCCGAGCGCCUCCACACGACUUCAGUAUCUGUUGUAUGCACUCUGACAGACUGCCUUUAAUACACUUGAAGAAUUUUGUUGUUUUAUACAUAUAUACUGUAUACCAAGUGAAUUUUGGAAACCUCUGGUGCCUUACUUUAUACAGGACCAGAACAUCUGCAUGCACUGCUGCUCAUUCAAAUGUUUUUUUUUUUAUUAUUAUUUCAUUUUAAAUGAGACCAUUUUGUUUUCUUUUUUUUGUGUUUUUAGUAUUUGAAUGGUACAUACUGUGUAUUGGCCCGUCGGUAUGAAGUGUCAGUGAAGCAGACAGCUAAUGUUAACACCUUUUCUUUCCUUCUUGUGCUCCGCACAAAAGGCCUCUGUUGUCACUUUUUACCUUGCGUACAUUGCAGGCCUUUUUGUUGAUUUUUAUACCUCUUUCUUCGUCGUUAGACACAUCUGCACUCCCCCGAUAAUCUGAAUCUUAUCAAGCGUCGAGCUUUCUUUUCCGUGAACGCGUUGUACGUUUUAACUGUCAGAUGUUAUUCAGGUUAUUUCAUGUCUCACUGAUUGUGUUUUACGAUAACAGGUGCUCACAAUCUUAAAAGAAGCUCCCCUCGUUGUGUGAAUGGUACCCAAUCCUCCCAAUCUCCUCACAGCAGGCAUGAAACAUAUGAUUAUUGUUUAUACAUUUCAGGAAGACAGGAAGCUGAUCUUGUGCUGAUGUGGUUAGCUUGUAAUGUGAUCCUUUUAAUAUUUCGUGUGACUUUCAAUGUAAACUGUGAGUAGCCUUCAUUACGUUUGAAGAAAUUGUUUGGUGUUCAAAAAAAAAAAAAGAAAAAGAUGAGGAAAAAAACGAUUCGACGGUCAAAGUGUAAAAAGUGACGGCGAGGAGUCGUGUGAAAUCUGUUUAUGAUGUGUAAGAAGCUUCGUGUGAAUAGAAUCUGAAAAGGCCUAACAGUGAUGCCAAAUAGAACAGACGAUCUUUUAUUUUGUAUUGCAUCAGAAGGUCUUGGGGACUUACUGCAUAGUUUAUCUGAUGUUUAAUUUCAUGCCACAAAUAUCUGUAGACGUUAAGCCAUGUUUGACUGGGUGUCAACAAACCAAACUUUUACACUUUUUAGAGAAAGACACCUUUUCUGUUCAAUGCACUGAUUUGUUUUACUAACUGUGACAUCAACAGCAGAAGGACGUUUUAAGCCGAGCUCUUCAACUUAUCAAGCCAUGUUUUAAUCAGUGAUUUUGCUGUUUGUAAACGGUCACAAAGCUUUGUUGUUUUGCAGUCGGAUCCGCCAAAUCUUUAGCUCCAGUGCAGCAGUAGGUUUGGUGUUGGGACGGAAAAGUAGAUGGAGGUCGAUCUCUUUCGUCCAGAAGAAGUGAUGGUGAAUUCUGGAAGGCUGAUCUCAGUGCUGUAAAGAGCUGCACUCGCUCACACUAAACCUACAGCAGUUUGACGGAGAUGCUGAGUUUGAAGCUCAUGUCUCGAGCAGGUGAAGCAGCAGAUGGACGAGCUUACUGACAGAAUUCACACACAACACUGUUAUGAUUAUUAUUGCUGCUGAUGUAGUCAUCCUCAGUUGAUUUGUGUUUGUAGCAUUCUUUGUUGAUAGAGUAAUUUGACAAAUACUGUGGCCGUAUUGAUUUAAACGUGUCCAGCGUGUAUAUAUGAAUGACAUGUUUGUGUUAUAUUCCUGAUGUUAUUUAAAACACACACACUGUACGUCUCUGACAGCCCUGAGUUUCCUGUAUGCUCUUGCUGCAUGUCAUCCGUCUGUACUCAGAAUAAUCAGUUCACUCUUAGCUAAUUGUCAUUCUAAUAAAUCAAAAUGACAAUUUAUUGUUA